AUGGGAAAUCUUUUGGACAGUGCUUGUUUAGAGGAAGGUGGCUUGUGCAUAUGCCUUCGGCAACAGCCGGAAGAGGGAUCCAUUGAUGUAACUAGAGAAGAAGCAGGAGGAACGCCUUAUCAGCGCCACACCGAGGCGGCAAAAGCGGCUGCAAGGCCUCACAGGCUCAGCAGUAGCAAAGGCACUACAGCGUCAAAGGCGAAAAGCGAACGAACGCCUAAGCGAAGCCCACCUACAGCGGCCCCUCCUGCUGCUUCCAAUAUGGAAACCACUAGGGCACUUGACAGUCAAGCAGCAGCAGCAACGGAACCCUCUAUAUCAGCGCAACGAGCAGAAGCAGAUGCUUCAGCGGCACCGACACUACCAGCGGCAGCUCCUGCAGCAAAUGAAUCGCCAUCAGAGGCCAAGGAUGAGGCAAAAUGGGUUGCUGGUUCUCUCAGCCCGCCUCUGGACAAGGAAUUGCUGCAGCAAAUUUUGGAUCAUCCCCAUCGAGUUCACACGUUACUGCUGCAAUCUAUUUUCAAGAAAUGGGACCCUCAAGGCACUGCCUUGACAUGUUCUAAUUUCAUUUCGCUAGUGGAGGACUGUCAGCGAAAUCAGGAGGCCGUUGCAGAAGUCUUCAUGGGCCUCCAGCCUCAGGAGGGGCCUGAGAGGGAGCUAACUGCCGAGCUUCCUGAUGCGCGCGCCGCUCUGCGCCAAAUGUGCGAGACGAACUUUGGGGGAGCCUGGCUGGGGGAGGAAGCCAUCGAGUUCCUCUUGGAUGGACUAAUUAGGAAUAGCGAAGGAGUUAUCCUCCGAUCGCCACUCCCCGGAACAGCAGAACCGCGAACCGCAAUGCAAGUGAAAAAAACAAAGCGAGUGGAAGCUCAUAAAGAGAAAUAUGAGGGAAGCACUGGCUAA